UAGGGUAUUUUCGGAAGAACGGGACAAAAAGUUGCAUUAGUUUUAAACUAAAAGCUAAGAAAAUUGGAAAAGCAGAUCCGCUUCAGCAUCAUUCGAUCCGUCCAUCCCAGUGCGAAACUAUGGAAACCAGUGUUCAGAAAACGGCGACAAAGAGAUCGCGAUCCGCGGAUGACGACGAUGCCAACAACAAUCCCACCCAGCGGAAAGUUUAUUUGAACCAAAAAAUGAGUGACUCUCGUGAUCCGCAGAAAAUGAAGGAAAUCCACGACAAAACAACCAAAAUGCUUUUCGACGGUGCAGCCAGCAGUGGACAAGGUCAGAACUCCUCGAACGAACUUGGUCAAGGACAGGAGCAGCCCGCCCUAUGUGACCAGUACAUGCUGUUCGGAGAUGGAACUAUCAUAGUGCGCAACCUUCAAGCCGACGCGUCCAAUCCGCGCCUGGAGCGCCGGAAGUCCCGAUGUUGCCAGCGCCAAAGCCUCAUACACGACGUCUGCUCGAACUGCACCAUGGAUCUCUGUGAGGAGUGUGGAUAUUCCUGUGGGGAAUGCUCGAAAUUCAUAUGCCGAAGCUGUGUGACCUUAUUUGGCAAUCGUCCCCAUGAAGCCGAAGAUCCGUUAUGCGACCGAUGUCAGAUGUUUUUCUCCUAGCAAAAUCAACAGUCUCGGAAGCACCUUAUACCAUCUUCAAGCCAUUUUCACACACAAUCAAACACACAAGUUUUAAGUUCUGAAUCAGUACAAAUUUGGCAAAUGUCUAAGUACAUAGGACAGUUUUUUUUAUAUAUGUUAUAUAUAUUUUGAAGAGAUGGGAAUUAACAGAAAUACAGAAAAGUAAAAAAAGG